UCGUUGCUGUUGCCGAGCAACUCUUGACGAGAACGGACGUGUUUUUCUUCGCAGCGGCAAACACAGCGAGCACAACGAAAGAACAGACAGCGAUUAAUACAAAACACGGUAACGUAAAAGGAUAAAAAAGAAGUGCAAGAACGUUAAACAGAACGCAAUAUUAAUAUAAUACUUUCUUAGAACGAACGUGAGUUGGUUUUUGUUGCUCUACAAAUUCGUUGUAAAACAAAAGUGAAUAUAAAUCGGGAAACAUGUUUAAUUUUAUUUUAUGUUACACGUUUUAGUUUUGUGUUUCUUUUUAAGUUGAAUUCGUACAAAAUGCAAUUGAACAUAAAUACAAAUUAUUUAACGGGGCGCGUGUGCGGUACAUAAUAAUAAUAAUAAUAAAACAGAAAGCAAUAAAGACAAUCAAAUAAUUAUAAUACGAGUAUAUGACAAGCUUGAGAGCUUCACGUGCAGCAUAAGAAAUCGUGAUAACACACACACAAACACACAGACAGGCAGCAUCAGCAGCAGCGGCAUCAGUAUUUUGUUGUUGCUGUUGUUGUUCUUGUCGUGUGCACGCUCAGUCGCCGUUAACAUCGUGUGUGUUCCCGCAGCAUCAGCAGCAGCAGCAACAAAAACAAACGAGCAAUUUUCGUGCGUCGACGGCGCUGCUGCCGGCUGCUGCAAUUAUGUGUAGCAGCAGCGACUUUUUAAAUAAAAGGUAGACAGCAAAAACAACAACAAGACCAACAGGCAGAAGCUGCCGCUGUCAUAGCCUCUGCCUCAGUCGCUGUCGCUGUCUCUUGCAUGCAAUUAAUGUACACAGUUUUUUUUUGCAUAAAUAAAUAACAACAACAACAGCGCAUACAAUUUGUGUGUUUUUGCCGGCAGACGCUCUCGAGCGACGCCGCCCCAAAGGUCGUUGGCGCUAAGGUCACAGUCAGACAGCGCGCGAAAGAGUGAGCGAGCGUAAGAAUUUGGUGUUGCAAGUGUGACAUAAAGGAGCGCAACAACAACAAUUGAAGCUCUUUACGGCGGUUGUCGCGCCAACAAAACGGUAAAUCUGCAAAACGCGUGUGUUUCGAGUUUUUAGAUAAUAUAAAACAUAAAUUCAGCAACAAUCAACACCAAUAGCAGUCGCUGCCAACGUUAACGCAGCUUCAAAAUUUCAUGAUCACAAAGAAACAGAAUGCGGAUGACAUUGCUAGCGGCAGCAGUGGGAAAAGGAGCAGCAGCAGCAGCGCUUGCAGGAAAUUUGAAUAGCGCGACGGGGCAUGUGAAAAUGCAAAAAUGUGAAAUCAACUUUUAUGUGUGUGUGGCCCAAGGCAAUGAAUUUUAACGAGAGCAUUUAAAACAAUACGAAAAAGCGUUAAGACCUUUACAAAAACAGGCUGAGGAAAUUGCAAGCGUAAGCAGCAGCAGCAGCAGCAACAGCUUGUGGAAACGCGCUUAGCACGUGACGCGGCGCUAAGCGAAUUCCCAUUUUGUAACGGUAAUUGGUGGCACACACGUGAGCGCACAUCAAGCACUUGGCAAGUGGCAAAAAUGGCCGUUAGCAACAUUGUUUGCGAAUGGCUGCGCGCCCUUGGGCUGGCGCAAUACGCUGAAAGUUUCCUGGACAAUGGCUACGAUGACUUGGAGAUAUGCAAGCAGGUCGGUGAUCCGGAUCUGGAUGCCAUUGGCGUUGAUAAUCCUGCACAUCGACACAAACUGCUAAAGAGCAUACGUUCGCUGCGCGAAAAGGGCGCUGCCUCAGUCUAUUUCAUGCUCAACGAUCCCAAUUCGCUAUCUGGCAGCAUGGAGAUCCUCUGCGAGACGCCGCCCAGCAAUGAACUGGAAAUGGUGCUGGGCGAGCAGCUGGAGACGGACGGAGUGCGUCUGACAGCGCAUCCAUAUUCAACACCGGAUGGACAACGCGGCCAUUUAGAGGGUCUUGCAUCCGUCUAUUGCGAAUUGUUAAUGGCUCCCUUUGGAGAUAUUUUGAGUGCUUUAGAAAAUGCUAGACAAGCAGCAUGGGCGGAGCGCAGCCCGCUCCAUCCCUCCGGCGGCAGCAGCGGCGGCGCUAGCGGCAGCGGUGGUAGCGGCCUCAGCGGCAGCGCUGGCGGCAGCGGCAGCGCCAGCGGCGGCAUGCAACAUCGCCAGCAGCAUGGCCAUCGCGGCCAUUCAACGCACGGCGCCGGCCUGCCCAAUAGUCAUAGUCAGCCAAUUUAUGUGCCAGGAAAGUACUCGCCCUCCAGCUGCUUGUCCGACAAGGAGGAGGAUGAGAUCUAUGGCUUUGGCUAUGGCGUCUUUGCGCCGCGAGUGGCACGCGGCGGCUUGACGCAACAUCAGCAGCUGUUGCAGCAGCAAACGUUGCAAACGCAGCACAGCAUACAGCAACAGCAGCAGCAGCAACAGUUGCAGCAACAGCAGCAACAACUACCAAAUGUGCCAGGCCAACAGGCGGGAGGACAGCCCGGAGUUGGACCACAACAGCAUCAGACACUCCCGCCAAAUGUAGCGCAUCUGAACUUUGUGCAACAAAACUGCCUGAGUCCCCGUUCUGCAUAUUUCUAUGAGUUUCCACCGACUGCAGAGGGACGCGAGACAAAGAAGCGCACAACGUUGGCGCGACUGCUGAAAGGCUUAAAAACUGUCAAUCGAAGGGAUCGUAGCAAUCAACAAAAUGGCGCACAAGCCAGGGCGGCCAACGAUCGUCUGAGACACUUUCAAAUGAUAAACGGCGGCGCUGGUGUGCCGCAGCAGAGUUUCGAGGAGACAAUCCAUAGGUUAAAAGUGCAAGAGGCCAUGCGCAAAAAGGAAAAAUUCCAACGUGAACACGAAGAGAUCUUGCGGGACAUACGCCAGGGUCUACUGCAAAUGAGUCGUGGCGAGGGACGCACAGUCUAUCCAUUUGCAGAUGAUACGUACAUGUACGAUGAGGCACUGAGGAGCGGUCCGGGCGUUGCAGCAGUGGGUGGUGUGGCAGGUGGUGCACAUUAUGCGGUCAGUGCGCUGCACCAUCAAGGUCAUUGGUACGAUGAGCCGCCCUACGAGAGCGAUCCCGAUGAUUUUCUUAUGGCCGGACUCAAUUGUGGACCAGCUGCAACCAUACAGGGUGGCCGCGUGCGCUUCUCGAACAACCGCGAGAGCACGGGCGUAAUUUCAUUAAGAUCCGCCGGAGAUAUUUCACUACCGCAACGCGGACCGCCGCGACGAGGGCUUAUCGUGCCGCAGCAGCCGCCAAAUCCGCCGACAAUAAUACCGUUAACGCAUGCCAGAUCUCAUGAUCGCGAGAGCGGCGACUAUGCGGGCUCCAUUUCGGAUUUACAAAGCGUUACCUCCAGGCUGAGCACAGUUUCGAUUGGCACCAACAAUUGCACCGCCAGAUACCGCACGCUUAGCGGCGGCAUUGGUGAGUCGCCGUCCCUGUCACCGAGUCCGUCAUCCGAUUACGAGGACAUUGGCGCCACAAGGCACGGACUGCCGCCGAGUUUUGCAGCGAAGGCCAAAAAGAAUGGACUGCCGCACAAGGCGAAUACGAUUUGUCAGAAGGCCAUGGUGCAUCAUUCGAGCGAAAUGCGUAGCUCGCCAAAGGAAAUUGGCGCAUUUAAUGAGAAUGGACGAAACUUUGUUGCCACAAAGGAUACAUCAAGGGAUUUCAGCAAUUCCCAAGAUAAUACCGACCGUGGCAGCAUGAGCGAUCAGGCGUUUGCAUGUUCCGCCAGCUCCGUUGAAAGUUUGCCCAGUGCUUCCGGUUCGAGCACUCAGGCUCUGGUGCGUCCUGGCAGCCCGCACAGCUCCAUUUCAGCCGAGGAUCGCACCUCCCUGGCGACCAUUUGCAAGGCCAAGGCUCUUGUCGACAGUCUGCCCAAUCCCUACGACAAGGAGGCGCUUAAAUUCAAGAAGGGUGAACUCAUCGAUGUGCUGUCGAUGAAUGCCUCGGGCAUUUGGAAGGGUCGCUGUCAUGGCCGUGUGGGUCACUUCAAGUUCAUCAAUGUGGAGGUGCUGCCCGAGCAGCGCAUGAAGAGCUCCAGCAGCAAAACCCUGGCGCCAGCCUCCGCCCGACUGGCCAGCAGCAACAAUGGCAGCGGCGGCAACAGUGGACCCAGCUCUGUGGAGGAUCUGCUGAUUCGCAUCGGUCUCAAGGAGUACACCUCGGUGUUUGUGCUCAACGGCUACGAGGAUCUGGAACUGUUCAAGGAACUCGAGCCGGCUGAUCUGGAUUAUCUGGGCAUACUCAACCAGGAGCAUCGCGCCAAGCUACUGACGGCCGUGCAGCUGUUGCAUGACAUUGAAUCUACAAAUUUCGCACGCACAGGCUCCGACGUGGACAUCGCCGGCUCCAGCUCCGAGAACGACGAGGCGCGCCUGAACAAUAUCAACAAGAAGCACGGCGCCUCGCCCUUUGGGCGGCGACACUUUCCGCGCGAUUCCGGCUGCUAUGAGGGCUCGCCGCUGCCCAGUUCACAGACGCCCACGCAGACGGUGAACUCGACGGACGAAUCGAACAGCUUGGACGAUGUGGUGUCCAAGUGCUCCAGCGAGAUUAUGAAGCGGGUGGAGAGCGCGCGUCGCUGCAAGGACAAUCCGUUCAAGGCGACGCUGCCGGCGCGCGUCGGCAAGAAGUCCUUUCUUGGCGGCGGCGGUCUUAUGGGCGACGAUACGCUCACACGUGGCGGACUCAGUGAGAAGUCGAGCGAUUCGGGCGUCAGCAGCAGUUCGCUAUCGUCGGGUCCGCUAAAGAGCAGCACUUAACAUUUGCCAACCAUACUCGCCCACGAGCUGCUGCUGGGCGUGGGCCAAGUGGGCGGCGGAGGCGGGGGCGGCAGUAGCUUGGGCGCCACCUCGCCCACCACCUCGGUCGCUUCGGCCAGCAUGGUGGGUUGCCCUAGCAGUGCCAGCAGCCUGAAUGCAACGGCGCCGCUUGGCAACAUUUGCAACACACUCCCGCAUGCCCCUUCCAGUGGCAGCAGCAACAGCACGCUGGGCCUCUCCAGCAAUGUGCCCCUCAAUCGGAACCUGGUGAUGCUGCGCAAUCACUUGCGCAAAAAUACCAGUGCCAAUGCGGCACCAGCGGCUCACGACGACAAGGAUCAAUAACAACCCAUUUAUCACAUACCGAUAUUAGUUUAGGUUCUCGAUAUAACUGUAUCCGAUAUUUGAUUUAGAUAUAUGUAUGUAUGUAUUUCAAUUGCUGUGAUUCGAUAGUGAAAAAAAGGCCAAGACGCGUCUUUCAGUUCAAAUGUAUAGUGUAUAGAGACAGAUAGAUAGCAACAGAGAAAGCGAGAGCGAGAGAGCGAGAGAGCGAGAGAGAGAUGGAGAGAGAGUAAGAGAGAGCACACAAAGCAAAGUCAGUUAGUCAGUCAAUCCUUCCUCCGAUAAUGUUGGCAUUUAUAUAUAUACUUAUAUAUAUAUAUAUAACUAUAUUUAUAUUAAAAAACAAAAGAGACAGAGCUAUAUACUUAGUAAUGUAAUGUAAUGAAAUCUUUUAACUAUUUUUAGUUAGCAAGAUGUAAAGAAAACAUUUUUUAAUUUGCCAUUUGCCAAUUGUUUUCUAUUGCUAUGUGUAUUUCGCAACGUGAUAUUGUCAAACGUCCAACUUGAAUUGCAGUUUUUAAUUAAUUAAACCACGUUUUACUUGGUGCGAGGGGAGCCUAAAACAAAUACAUAUAUAUAUAUAAAUAAUUAAUAACUCAAGUUGAUUCCUAUAUUAAGGCACAGUGUGCCGGCAAUAGACCAAUUACAUUUUAAAAUCAAAUUCAAAUUCAAUAUUUACACCAAACAAAUAAAUUACCAAUAAACAUUAAAAACUAUUUAUAUUUCGACAAAACCUCAUUUUAAUUGUGUUACUCUUAAGUGCGAACAUUGUAAAGAAAAACUCAAACACACACACACACAAACACACAUCAUGAUGUAUCCGUCAAAAUUGUAAAUUUGCAAAACCAGCUAAGAAAAAUUGUAUGCUAAGCAAUAUAAAUUGGAAAUCGUAGACUCCAUGCAAGCGAUCUGUACAUAGAUUAGGUAUUAUUGCCAUUGGAGUGUAUAUUUAUGCCAUUUAACAUUUAAAUAUAUAUAUAUAUAUAUAUAUAUAUACAUAUAAGCAAUACAUAUAAAUUCAUAUAUGAAUCUUAACCAUUAGCAACUUGCCAGAUAUUUAGCGAUAAUCAAAAGGAAAAGGACAAUGAAAUUCGUCAGCGCGGAACAUAUUAUUGAUUUCAAAUUAAUCAAUUAGUUAAAUAAAUAAAUAAAUGAACAAAUAUUCAAAA